AUGUCUUUCGACGCGUACAGCCAGAUCCUGUGGCCAACAGACCACAAAUACAAACUAAUACAGCUUCUGGAUGACAUAGUCAACUACAUAAAGGAGGAGAAAGGUGAGCUAACGUUCAAAUCUCCAGCAAUGGCCAAAAACCACAUUGUCCUAUGCACUGAAGACGAGACUUACACUGUUCGGCAAAUGAACCACUCCAACACGAUGCUUCUAAUGAAUGACAUGAGCAUAAACAAACUAGAAAAGACUUUUGACGGUCCGGAGUCUGCUUUGGUGGGAAUUGACCGUUUCUCCUACAUGUACGAGCUUACAAAGCUGGAUGGGUUCAUAGACACCGAAGGCAUUGCACGGUACCCGAGCGAUGAGGUUGAAUCCAGUAAGUCAAUGCAUGCCGUUGAAUCUGACUCUCCCAUUGACAGACAGCAUUUUCACUCGCAGUGGUAUAGCAUCUGUGGAAGUCAGGUAGAUGGACAUGCGGUGAUUCUAACGCCAAAGUUCGUCACGGAAGGCCUCUACACUUUGAUUUCGGUAUUGCUCUCCAAAAAGAAGUCCGACACUGAGUUCAAUCUCAAAGAGAUCUCACAAGCAUGUGCUGCUCAAGAUUCUGAGCUCAACAAGCAUUUUGUUACGACAUUAGCACACAAGUUCGGCGAUGAGGUAUCUCCAGGUAUAUUCACAAUCAGCCAUACUAAAUGCGCCUGGUGGUUUGGUAUUGAAACGAUGAAAAAAGCGUCACCGCCGCUCUUGUCCGAUAAAGACUUUAUGCUCAAGUGGAAGCUGAGUCUACCACCAUUCUUCAAUGCGUCCUUGGAUCUAUCUCUUCUACGGGGAAGCUUUUGUCGUCCUGAAUCCGGCAAGAUACGAUUUCUCGACUCAGAUAUGUUAUCGAAAGAUCUUCACACGAGAAUCAAAGAAUUGUUCCAGAUGGUCAAAGAGUGGGACUACGAAGAUUUCCUCGCAUUUAUUGAGGGCUUCAUACCACCAACUAAAAAGGCAGACUCCAUCAUUUUGAAAUUUGCAAAAAAGAAAAGACUUACGAAGAAUAAGUUUGUCAGUGGUGGAUGUGCCGGUACUAGUACCGAUCUCGCAUUCUUUCCUAUAGAUACUUUAAAGACCAGACUUCAGGCCAAGGGAGGCUUCUUUGCUAAUGGAGGCUGGCAUGGAAUUUACAAAGGCCUUGGCUCUGCUGUCGUGGCGCUGGCACCUUCUGCAUCAUUAUUCUUUGUUACGUAUGACACAUUGAAGACUACGACGAAGGACAAACUCCCGCAAACGGCAAGUCAUAUGCUUGCGGCUUCCGCAGGUGAAAUAGCCGCUUGUCUCGUUCGUGUCCCAGCGGAAAUUGUCAAGCAAAGAACACAGGCUGGACACAAGGGUGUUGGUGGGCAGGCUACUCUGUGGGCCAACUUGAAAUUCUUACUCAUGAAUAAGCUGGGAGAAGGUACCUUCCGUGGACUUUAUAGAGGCUGGAACUCGACCAUCAUAAGAGAGAUUCCCUUCACGAUGAUCCAAUUUCCAUUAUACGAGAAGCUCAAGCAGCUCUGGUCUGAGUACGACAACCAGUCAAUCUCACUCUUGAAAGGAGCUUUGUGUGGAUCUAUAGCAGGUGGAGUUGCUGCUGCUGCAACGACGCCUCUUGAUGUGGUGAAGACCCGAAUUAUGUUGAACAAGGAAAGAGUUGGAGUGUUCACAUUAGUGAGACAGAUGCUACAUGAAGAAGGCGCCAAGGUCUUCUUAAGUGGGGUUGGCCCUAGAACUGCUUGGAUAAGCGCUGGCGGAGCAAUCUUCUUGGGCUGUUACGAAUUGACGCAUUCGGUUCUAGACGAGUACGUGAAAGAGUCGAAGGCCCUAGAGUAG